GAAAGGAAAUCCUAAGAGAAAACUAGCUAGAAGAAAGGACUUGAUGAAGUCAGAUAGACCUUCUACAAGUACCAUGGGAACUACUAUGAAAUCCAAACUGGAUAAGUAUUGGGGAGAUCCUGAAAAGAUGAACUUUCUCAUUUUCUUUGCAAAUGUUCUAGACCCUAGGGACAAAUUUGAGUACCUGCCCUUUCAGUUGAAUGCUCUGUAUACUGAAAAAAAGGAUUUAAUUAAUGGGACAUGUGCUGCUACUGAAAAUGCUUCUGGAUCUUCUGUGGAUCCUUCACCACUGACCUUAAUGGAUUAAAAUGUAAAAUCAAAUGUGUGGGACUUGAGUUAGUUGAGUACUUGUGGAGUUGUGGAAGUCUAAAAGAAUGGAAGAUGACAUCUUAUGGUCUACUGAAAACUGGAAAAUCAUACCUUUGUACCUUUUUUUCCAGUUUUGUACUUUUGCUAUGUUCUGUAAACUUUGGAGAAAACUUUAUCUUUUUUUUUUUUGCUAAGUACUGUCUAAUUACUUAGUUAUUUUAUAUGCAUGGGAGCUUGGUUUGUAAUUACCUUUGUUUUGUAUUUCUAAUUUUUGCUAAGUACUGUCUAAGUACCGUCUAAUUCAAGAUGAACCAACUUUUAUUUUGUAUUUCUAAUUUUGUACUUGAAAAGUUAUGAUGCAAUUUCAAAGUGUUUUAAGCAUAACCGAUGUAACCGAUAUCCGAACCGAAACCCGAAAAUACCCGACUUUCUAAUAUCCGAAAAAACCGAUAUCCAAACUACAUGGGUUGGGUUCUAUAAUUACA